AUGAUGCAGUUAUUUAUUCUUUUCACCACGUUUCUGACAGUGCUGUUCGUCUCCGGGAAACCGCUAUCGAAGGUCCAUGGUAAUAAAGUCCCCUCAAGAUUGGGGCCAAGAGACUGUGAUGUGACGGCUCCGAAAGUGGUGAUAAUCUCCUUAUUUUCACCUGAAGCCAACGUAUGGUACGAUAACGCUCAUGUGACCGGAUCUAUCGGCAAUCUUUUAGAAAAAAACAUUACAGUCCCCGGACUCUCGCCUCUUUUCCCACAAGUCCACUGCCUUGGAGAUGGAUCUGUCUGCCAAGUAACUACUGGAGAAUCUGAAAUAAAUGCAGCGGCGACUAUGACAGCGCUGGUUUAUUCCCCCUUAUUUGACUUCAGGAAUACAUACUUUAUGGUGGCCGGAAUAGCAGGCGUAAAUCCCAGACAUGGGACUCUUGGCGACGUAGCAUUUUCAAAGUAUGCUAUCCAGGUCGCUCUGCAAUAUGAGAUUGAUAUUCGAGAGCUCCCAGAUAACUUUACGACUGGUUACUUCCCUCAAGGCUCGCAAGCACCCGAUCAGUAUCCUCUGGACAUUUAUGGAACCGAGGUUUUCGAAGUCAAUGAAAACCUUCGUGAUAAUGCCGCACGAUUUGCGUCAAAGGCCGUGCUUACAGAUAGUGCAGCAGCCAAGGUGUAUCGUGCGCGCUACGGCUCGUCUCAAGCAUAUGUAGCUGCUACUAGAUCUCCUCAAGUUAUAAGCUGCGAUGUCACGACAUCGGAUGUAUACUUUUCUGGCGCAAAACUGGGCGAGACAUUUGAAAAUACAACAAAGCUCUUGACUAAUGGUUCGGGAGUCUACUGCGUGACGGCGCAGGAAGAUAACGCUAUAUUAGAAGUGAUGGUGCGCGCUACUCUCGCAAAGCGCGUACAAUUCUCUCGUGUCAUCAUUAUGCGUACUGCCUCAGACUUUGAUCGACCAUAUCCAGGACAGCCCACUACGCAGAACCUCUUCAUGCCGCCGGCGGGAGCCUUUGAGGCAGCAGUCUCCAAUAUCUUUCUAGCCGGCACACCCGUCAUUCAAGGUAUUCUCAAUCAAUGGCUGACGAGGUUCGAGAGAGGUGUCAGCCCAACUAAUUAUAUCGGCGAUAUAUUUGGGAGUUUGGGCGGGCAGCCGGAUUUCGGGCCGGUAGGCCGUUCAUUGCGGCCUAUGCCGUGA